AUGGGAGCGCGCGGGCCCCGCGGGAAGCCCCGUGCGAAGCCCCGCGCAAAGCCACGUGCCGCGUCGAAGUUCCGCCGUGGUCGGCGCAGGAUCCGCCCGAUGCGAUCUUUCCUAGUGAGUGGAGAGCAGCCAGGCCCAGACAUCCAGGACGUUGAUGCUGAGCCCCACGAUCCCGAGGCAGAACGAAUUUCCGAGUCUCAGCUUACUGCAGAGCAGCGAGCGGCUGCAGCCCGAGCUCUGGCAGGUGAGAACCUUUUCUUGACGGGCGCAGCUGGCACCGGGAAGAGCUUUCUCCUGCGCUUUUUGGUGCAGGAGUUUUCACAGCGCCAUCCGGGGCAGGUGGCGGUGACUGCCUCCACCGGCAUUGCCGCUGCGCACCUUGGUGGUCAAACUAUCCAUAGCUUCGCUGGCGUCGGUGUGGGGACAGCGCCGCUGGCGAAAACCCUGCAGCAGGUUCAGAAGAGUUCUGCAGCAGUUCAGCGCUGGAAGAGCACCAAGGUGCUGGUUAUAGACGAAAUCUCCAUGAUCGACGGCGAGCUGCUGGAGCUCCUUUGCGGCGUCGCCCGUGCUGUGCGCAAGCAGUCCGCUCCCUUUGGCGGUCUGCAGGUGCUUUUCUGCGGCGAUUUCUUGCAGCUGCCGCCAGUGCAGGAGAGGGGCAAGCUGGCCCGCAAAUUCUGCUUCGCCUCGGCUGCCUGGAAGAAGGCGGGCUUGGAUGAAGGCACGGUUCUUCUCUGCCAAACGGUGCGGCAAGCAUCUGAUCGCGAGUUCGGGAAGGUUCUCAAUGAGUUGAGAGUAGGACACGUUUCUGACGAAGCGCGGACAUUGCUGGCAAAGUGUCACGUUGGUGUGAAGUCGCAGCCCAAAGAUGGCAUUCUUCCAACGAAGCUUUACUGUCUCAACAAGAACGUUGAUGCGGAGAACGCAGCACGCCUGAGACAGCUACCAGGUGCCCCGCAAAUCCUGCGGGCACACGAUCUAUGCCCUCGCAACACCACCCCUGCGCAGAUGGGACUGUUGGACAAGAAGGUCCCAGCCGAGCUGCAUCUGAAGGUGGGUGCGCAGGUGCUUCACCUGCGGAAUGAGCCGAACCUGGGUCUGGUGAACGGCAGCCGCGGGAUCGUCGAGGCUUUUCAAGAUGGAAAGCCCUUGGUUCGCUUUGACAACGGAAAGACGGCUUGUAUAGGCGUGCACAAGUUCACGCUGGGCGCCGGUCGCAACACCCUGUCCAGGUUCCAAGUGCCCUUGAAACUGGGCUGGGCGCUGACAGUGCACAAGGCACAGGGCAUGACGUUGACCCGCGCCGAACUGCAGAUGGAUGAUGCAUUUGAGGCUGGGCAAAGCUAUGUGGCCCUCUCCCGAUUGACAGGCACCAGCGGCCUCUGGAUACGUGGUGCCUCGGCUACCAACGGGGUGCGGGCACACGAAGAGGUGUUGCGGUACUACGAGGCAGCCGAGAAGAAACUGCGCACCAAAGAGGUCCUCGUGGCCGAGUGCGCACAGCCAUCUGCAGCCAAAGAGCGAGAUGGCCCCGGACGGCCUCCAAGGUCUCCGAAGCCAGAUUUCCAAGCGGGGAUAAGCCCAUCAAAAUCUGAGCACACUGCUGCAGCACAGACCACCACCAGGAAGAACUGUCCAGAUCCCGAUCGAAACCGUCAAGGAGAUUCCAGGACCACAGAAGAAGCGGAGACUGGAUCCCUUGCUGGGCGCCGAUUUAAUCGCGACUUCCAGUGCCGCUGCCUCACAGGGCACGUCGUUCAAGGCCUUGCCAGACGACUGGGUUAUCCCUCCGAAGACAUGGUGCGACACUAUCGACGUUGA